AUGUCCUGCUGCUUUUGCGUCAACACCGCCUCACUUGGCAUUGUGGAGAGCUUCGGGAAGUUCGAGCGCGUCGCCGCACCGGGGUGCCAUUGCCUCAUUCCGUGCGUCGAGACGGUGCGGGGGAGAGUGACGGUGAAGCUUCAGUUUUCCUCAGUGAAUGUCGAGACAAAGACAAAGGACAACGCACUGGUUCUCAUCACGGCGUGUCUGCACUACCGUGUCCUGCCAUCGGAGGCAUCCAACGCCUUCUAUCGCUUUUCGAACCCGAGGGAGCAGAUUGCGAGCUUCGCGGCCAAUGUCAUCCGCGGCGAGGUGCCGAAGUACACACUGGAUGAGAUUUUUGUGAUGUCGCGGAAUAUCAAGCAGACGGUCGAGGAGGAGCUGAAGGAGCGGCUCAGCCAAUACGGCUUUGCGCUGGAGGCAACGCUUGUGACCCGGAUUGAGCCGACACAGGAGCUCCAGGUGGCCAUUGAACAGACACAGCUCAAUGCGUAUCGCCGCACUGCCGCGGAGCACAAGGCUGAGCUGGACAAAAUUGUCGAAAUUAAGGCUUCAGAGGCGGCGUUUGAGGAGAAGCGUCUCGCUGGCGUUGGACUCGCCGAGGAGCGCAGGGCAAUCAUGGAGGGCCUGCAGAGCAGCAUCGAGUCGUUUGUCGACGGCGUGCCCGGUGUUGGUGCACGCGACGUGGUGCAGUUGUUGCUCAUGAACCAGUACUUUGACUCGCUGAAGGAGGUGGGAAACACGGGGAAUAACCAGGUAGUGCUGCUGCCUCCAAAAGGGAGUCAGUCGCUCCUGACGGACUUGUUGGCGGCGCAGAGGACCAAUGUGUCCAUGCGCUGA